AUGGCCUCUUGUUUUGCGCCCCUUUAUUCGUGCAUCACACUCCCCUUCGUUUUUCUUCCACUCCACAAAUUCAACCUUUCGCGCAAAAUCAUCUGGUUCCUUUGCUCCCCUCUUUUCUUGCCCUCCAGCAUGCAUUUCAAAGCACUCUUCUUCGCUCUCGUUGCUAUCGCAGCCAGGGUAUCCGCUCAGACUAUCGAAAACAAUGCAUGCUCCCAAUGUGCGUUUGCCGCCAUUCCAAACGAACCGACCUGUGCUGCGUUGACUCCUGUGGAUAUGCAACAGCUCCAAGCGGUCUUUGCUAACAAUUCAGUCAAUGGGAGCGCUCUUGUGGCUGCCGCCCAGAACAAUGCGAUCAAGACCUGCCUCUGCCACUGGUCCACUGACACAUUCGGGCCCAAGGGUGCAGCCGCCUCGUGCACGGCCACACAGGGGUCGGCGCCUGUAGCCUGCGAUGCCACUCAGGUUGCCGAAGCUACGGCCAAGAUAGCGCCUUUCAGCGUGAUGCUUCAAUGUAAUUCUAACAACUCGACCACUCCCAACCCCACCACAUCUGCAGGCACUCCCACGAGCACUGGAAGCAGCCCAAAUACAGCGAAUGCAGCAUCCCUGCUGCAGUUGAACAUGCCCUAUAUUGUGUCUAUGGCCGCCCUCGGCCUUGCUACCGUCGCUAGCUUCUAACUGCAUGCGCUGCCUUAGAUCGUGUUUGGAGUUCUUCAUUACCUACAAUUGAAAAUAUUUGAGCUUUGAAAA